UCCCCGUUUCAGAUAACCCACAGUUAAUGCAAAGCAGGAAAAACGCGCGUCCUUGCUCCGGGACCCCAUUCAAACUGCUUGCUGGUUAUUGGUCAGCGGCAGUGAGGCUCUUUCUUGAUACACUGGAGGUUUGCGAUGAUGUCAUGCUGCCGGAGGGGGGACUCGGCGAGGUCGGACUCCAAGAGCAUAUCCAGCUGGGGCUGUGCUGCGAUAUGACCGACAAAGUGUCUUAUCUGCGGCUGCACUUACAAGGUACUGAAAGGCUCCUCGUUUGGAUCGCCAGUGCGAGGAUUUCAUUUAAUGAUUUUUGAACCACAGCAGCUUGGAUUGGAUUGCACGCCUGACAGAGGAAUGAAUGUCCUUUAAGCCUGCAGGACGCAUCGCAAACCGGGCUCUUGCACUCAGCUGUCCAGAUGAAACCCCCGCUGAAGAUAGAGUCCGGGAGCCUGAUGGAUCAGGGAGACCUAUAAUAGUCCGACCGCUCCUCCACAAGGUCCCGCAGCACGAUGCCUCCGCAGGGCGUCGGGGGGUAUAAGCCGGUGGCGACGUCCGAUGUCCCCCCGGUCCCCCCGCGACGGCUCCGUAACGGGGACGAGCGCAGAAUAAAGUGCGUGCUGGUGGGAGACGGAGCGGUGGGCAAGACCAGCCUGAUAGUCAGCUACACCACCAACGGGUACCCGACGGAGUACGUGCCGACCGCCUUCGACAACUUCGCAGCGGUGGUGGCGGUGGACGGGAUGCCCGUGCGGCUGCAGCUGUGCGACACCGCUGGCCAGGAUGAGUUUGACAAGCUCCGCCCCCUGUGCUACACCAACGCCGACAUCUUCCUGCUGUGCUUCAGCGUGGUGAACCCUGCCUCCUUCCAGAACGUGACGGAGAAGUGGGUGCCCGAGGUGCGGCGGCACUGCCCACGCACGCCGCUGUUGCUGGUCGGCACGCAGGCGGACCUGCGGCAGGAUGUCAAGGUGUUGAUCGAGCUGGCCCGGUCCCGGGAACGGCCUGUGGACCCACGCGAGGCCCACAUCUGUGCCCAGGACGCCAGGGCAGUGGCCUAUAUGGAGUGCUCGGCGCUGACCCAAAAGAACCUCAAAGAGGUGUUCGACACAGCCAUCAUGGUGGGAAUCCAGCAUGCCGACAGCCAACUUCAGCAGCGGCUAAGGAAGAGGACCCCUGAUAAGAUGAAGAUGCUCUCAAAGUCCUGGUGGAAAAAGUACUGCUGUUUGGCAUAGACUGGGAGCGCAGGCUGCACGGGCAUAUAAAGGGGAGGGCUUGGGCGCACUUUCUGUGCAGACCUGUAGGGGGCAGUAGCACAGAGACCAAACAAACUGCUCUUCAGUUUUGGGGGUGGGACUGCUAACAAUCUAUCACAUCCCAGCCGAAACUAACACAACAGUUUGGCACCUUACCUCCUACAUCAUAGCUGUGAUAUCGGGGCCAGGCAUUCGCUUUGCUUAAGACCUAAGUGCUGCGUUGUGGACAUACUUUUUUCGGCAUGGCCUUCUCUGCUUUGAGUAAAGCCACCCACGGAAGCCGCCCCACUGCACACAUAUGUCAUGUCACAUUUGGCUUCCAGGAGCAAAAUCCUGAGGCUCUUUAUGCCCCCAGCCACCCCGUGAGCGUCCCCCUAUUGGUGAUGUGGAAUCUUGUGUUUUCCGCUGAGAUGGGAUUUGUGGCUCUCGGUGCAUUUCAGAUCUUCUUGAAUCACACGACUGUCGGCCUAGAACUCAGGCUCAAAGAAGGUGCCUGGGUGAGUUUAGAGGAAGAACUCGAGAGCCAGAAUUUCGAUUCAGUCCUUUUUUUUUUUGUAAGCAUUAGAUCCUCCUCUGCAGGGAGGCGACCCAAAAGGACAUCAUGAUUAGUCAGGACUGGAGCUCAGGACCAGCAGGUUAACAGUCCUCAGACCUCACACCCGUUUUGCAGACCUGUCGUUGAUUUUGUUUUAUUCUGCACCUUCAAAUUUAACAUUUUUGCCGUAAAACAGUGGAACGAAUCACUGCAUAUUGUUUUUCAUGUUUUACUCCCCAAAGCAUAAAACGUAGAACAUAUCAGUUGCUUCUUACCUUUUAAAAGCACUGUGUGCUUUGCCGUUUUUAAAAGUUAUUCUGGUCAUUGCAUAAAAAUACAACAAUCGCCUCAAAAUUCCAUACUACUUGCAGUUUUCAUUUUUGCUGGUUUGUAAUCAUUCCGGCAUUUAAAUGCUGUUCCUGGUGUGAUUUUAUUAAGCUUUCACCCUAUUUCUAUGUUAGAGACAGCUUUCCUCAUUAUGAGUUAGCAGCCCUGUUUUAGCUGACGAUACGGCCUUGAACUUAAAUGCCAGUUCUACCCAUUGCUUUGCCAAUAACCCUUAAUGUCCAGAGGGAUUUUUUAAGGCUGGGUAGUUUUUAUAACCUGUGAUUGGCUGAAUGUUGGUGUAAUUGCCACUCGCCUAUUCAUCCUGGGGCAGUGUGAACCCAGCGUCCUCGUCUCACCGUCUACUUGUGGUCCUUGUCAUAGGUGGUAAACUCAACUGUGCUUGGAUUCCAGAUUGAGUUCCAUCUUUUUUUGUAUCCAUGUGCUGUAAACCAUAUACUCCGCCCCAACAAAUGAGACACUUUACUGUUAAAGAUAUUGUAAACAUGGGCUUUGCUGCCAUGACCUCUGACCCUUUAGCCUGUCAUCUCGCUGAGGAUUGCGUAUUGUUGGGGGCAGGGUCAACAUCACGGAGUGCUGUUGUGUCCGGCGCUGUCCUCUGGAUCUCUCUUCACACCCGGGCCGUUUAGAGGCUUUACUCGUCAGAUAAAACACCCACCAUCAUGUCCUGCCGUCCCUUUGGCUCUGGAAGCCCAUGGUGGUGCGUUGAGCAGAGCGUUAUCUCCAUCCAGGAUGUGCUCAACAGACAGUGAUGGCUCUUUGAAAGUGACGUAAAGCUUGCAGGUGGUAAGUUUCUUUUCAGAAGGGGGGGUCGGGAGAGACUGGCUUUAGAUUGGUGUGUGAUUCAUGGGGAUAUCUGAACUGGCUCUUUUCGAAUGUGGGUGGAAUUGGGGCGUCUUCCCAACGAGGCUUUCCUGCACGCUGGGACUGUAUUAAGCACCAGCAUCCCUGCACUGUACUGUAUCACAGAGUGAGCUGACAGCUCUGGUCUGUAUCUGUCUCUAUGAGCUUCCUGUCAAUGUCAAACCAGAACAAAGGGCUGUAUUUUGUUACAUUUUUCAGAAUAAACAAUUUUUUGUUAUAUAUUGGAGUGAAAAAACA